AUGGAAACAACCUUGGAUCCCCGAUUUCCCCUUGAGGAAUACGAAGAGUACGACGAAAAAUUAAGACACGACUCUUCUCCCAUGAAAUAUGGGAUUACACGAAGACAGAAUCUCGAAAGUCCAUGGGAUCUUGAAAAAAACCGAAGAAAUUCAUGGGACGGAACAUUAAGGCCAGCAUCCGAGUUCGAAGAAGUCACAUCAUCAGACCUGGAAGGAAAGAUGUGUGAGAAGUGCAAAAGGAACAAAAGAAUGGCGUAUAGUUGGAAUCCUACCUUUCUUUGUCUUCCGUGGCUUGAAUGGAUGUAUCCCAUUAGUGUUGUGGUCACGUCUAUUUUACCACUCGUGAUGAUGACUGUGUGGGAAAUAAACGAGAUAAAGGGAUCAAAUCCAAAUGAAGACAUAUCAAAAACACCAUUAGCAGGAAUGACUCACAUUGGUUCCUUCGACCUCAGACACGCUGAUUUGAACACAACAAUGCCUUGGUUAUGUACCCAACUUCUGCAUCAUCGACAAAACAAAGGUUGUUAUGAUAUUACAUGGGUAUUUGGGAGCUACGCUGGAUGGAACUAUCUAGCCUCUUGCUGGAUGAAUAUCAGUGCGAUAAGCUUUGCUAUUGCGGGGGUGCACGAGAAUGUUUCAAAACCCAGUGAUAAGGGAGAAGGAAGAAGCAAAUUUAGUUCCGAAAAAGCAGAGUUAUUUGCCCAAAUCUGGAGAUGGAACUAA